AUGCCUGCGGAAUCCGAGAGGCCGCCUUACUUCAACGGUGACUCUGGUCGAACCAGAGGAACCAAAGAUGUGGAGGCAGCUUCGGAUGCCGCGCCUCGGUCGGCCAAGGAACAAGACAUGAUGGUUGAGCUGCCACGUUCCACCGUCAAAUCAUCACAGGCUCAGGCCAUGUCCCAGGUGCCGCCUAAGUUCGUCCCCCAUAUACCUGUUUCCACCUCGAACUCUACCACCAACUCCGCCGUAUCCUCCCGAGAGUCCUCCCCGGUCCGAACUUCUUCACGCACCCUCAAUUCCUCAUCAGCCAGCCGAGUGCAUUCUCAAUCCCGCCGGAGCAGCCAAGACCGAAGUAGUCCGAUCCGAUCGUCCUCCUCCAACGGUCAUUCACCAGGUAUACCCAUAAACUCUUCAGGUCAACGUGCACCAGCACACCUGAAUUACCCACCCAUCUUGUCACCCCCGCCGGCUCCCGAUCCCCCAGCCAAUGUACUCGGUCCAGAGAAAGCCAAUAUGCCAGCAUGGGCGGGAACUUAUCGUCGUAUGGACCAAGCGUCGACUCCUCCCAAUACCUCUCACAAGAGAACUCCCUUGCCGCCGCCUGAGGAGCAUGGGUUAGUCGACCGGAGCACUCCCCGAGCGGUUGCGACAAGGGGUGGUAGUGGAGCAGGGCUUUCCCUGGAAACCGUUCAGGAAAUGGCUAGCAACCCUUCCACUCCGUCCAGCGAUACGACUACCAAGCCUGUCACUCCGGAUGACUCUCGGUUGCACACAAUCGAUGAAGACCCGACCCCUAGGGCUUCAAGGCAUGUUUUCGACAGUGAGAGUGACAGCGGUUGUACACGGAGCUCUGAGGCUCUUACUGAAGAUUGUCGCUCUCAAGCUGCUGAGGGAGCUAAAACUCCGAAGACGCUCAUGCCUCAGCGAUCGUCUACCUCAUUGAGUGCCGGUGCCCGUGGGAAACCUGCUGAUGGCUCAGUACGCAACAUGAUUGUGGAAACAGAGACUGUCAGCUCAAUCCCACAGGUUUCUUUGGGGGUUGGCGCCGGUGAGCGUGGGAACGUCGGCCGUGCUGAACAAGGCACCCUCAAAAACAAGAAAUCUUCUGAUACAGUUCGGGCGCCUGUUCCCCGUAAUAACCCUCAGAAGAGAAAGCGGAGAAAUAAUGCCCUUCCUGCAGGCCCAACCAGCAAGGCAGAUGUCUUCGAAGCCAAGGUUGCAAGUGCAGUGGAUGAGGCUGAUGUCUCAGACUCCGAUGAGACAUUUGUCUAUGAGUCCAACCCCAUAGAUUAUCCUCCGCGCCGAUACCAUUCCCGAACACCCAGCGCGACUUCGAUGGCAAGCCAGGUGGAUCAGCUGGCCGGUCGUGCACGCGGAGCUAUGCGCGAUGGGAACCACAGCGUGAUUGUGAAACGCAGUAUGAAAUUCACAAAUAAUACCUACCUUGAUGGUGAAGCAGUUGAAUCGGACAGUCGUAGCGCUUCCAGGGCUGAUGGGAGCGGAACAAUCACUCCAGGGCGUGGGUAUCAUCACCAUCUUGGACCACGCACUCGUCCUCCGUCUAUCAUGGACAGCGAUGGUCUCUUCCCUCAGGCUCAAGGUCAGAAGUCACCCCGGCAUUUUAUCAGUGGACACCGACACUCGCGGAAUUCAAACACUCGCUCAGCGCCGCAUUACAGGACUAUCACUGGGUCUAAAAAGGCGAGCGAUAUGUACGGCUACGAUUUUGAUGCAGAAGGAGCUGACGAUGAACGAACGCCUUUGGUUCCACGACCACCGCGCAGUAGCCGUGGAGACCGCAGCAUUCGCCGGCCUGGAGGUACCUCGCGACAGAUUGAAUAUAUUACCCAGCGGCAGAAUGGAUACUUCUCACGAUAUGGAUCGUGUACUAUCAUAAUUCUGCUGCUACUCAUCAUUGCCGGUGGGGCCGUGUCAUUUUUCAUUGCGGCCAGCAAAGCACUUUUGGAUGUGCAAGUUGUUGCCAUACAAAACGUCCUAGCCUCGGAGCAGGAAAUCAUGCUGGAUCUCAAUGUGUCUGCAGUCAACCCCAAUAUCUUCCCUGUGACCAUUGACGACACAGAUCUCAACAUCUUUGCCAAAAGUCGAUAUGUUGGUACCGACAAGUUUUGGCGGGAGCACCCAUCUGACGAGCUUGAUCACUUUCCUCGAGUGACCGAGAGUCGCCGUCGUUGGCAAUUCUCUCAGAUCGUCCGUUGCCUUGGGAAUAUGAAUUGCGUGGAGGCAGCGAAGUCACAUACCAAAGAUGGGGUCGACAAAGGUACUGACCCUAUCACUGAUCCGGAAGGCGAUUCUCAGACCAUGUUACUCGGCCGAGUUUUUCGCUUUGACUCGCCUCUUUCGUUUGCAUCAUCGCCGUGGGGAUCCGUCUCCUCUCGACCAGGCAACAAGACAGAGGAGGGCGGUACUGAGCGCUGGGAGCGAGUGCUUCAGCAUCCAUUUGAGCUGAUAGUUCGGGGUGUGAUCAAAUAUCAAGUGCCGCUUAGCUCCCGUUACCUCUCUGCACCUAUCAGCUCGAGCGUUCGAUACAUUCCCGAUGACGAGGAUAGCAAUGAUCCAGACACCACGCCUCCAGGCAAUGACACUGCGCGGAUAUCCGAUACAACAAUCCCCUUCCCUUCAACUUCCCGCCUUGCGGAUCUUGAUCCCCAACUUUAA